UUCAUUUCACAGUUCAUUUCAUUUCCACUCACGCCCCCCGAAUCAAGCAAUUGAAGGCGAUGGGGGAUCUGUUUCGAGUUCGAUGAUCGUGGCUUUAGUUUCUGUUUCUAUUCUUUCUCUGUCUCUCGCUCUUCCGCUCUUUAGUAUCUGACUUUUUCUUUCUCUUUGCAUCUGCUGCAUCAUCAGCAUCAUCAGCAUCGUCAAUCUUUUCUCUGCGUUGAUUCCUCAUCAUCUGCUGCAGUUGCAGCCAGCAGUUACCGUCCGGAUCUCCGACUGACUUAUAGUCCACUCACUCACUAAGACCGAUCUGACCCAGUUUUCCAUUUUGGCCCCUCCUUGCGUCUUUUUGUUCCCAUUCCUCUAGAUUCCUGCCAUCUAUCCUCCUAUCACAACUCGUGCCGAUGCCCGUCCCACGAACCGCAUCCCAAGGAACAGGAACCGGCCGGCGACCAUCCUUGACGCUUAACGCCGCGCCGCCUCUUACGGCUACGGCUACGGCCACUGCCACUUCCACAUCAUCCUCCGCCAUCGCUUCGCCGCUCCCACCAACAACCCCCAAUCCCCUCUCUGCGACUUCCGCCUCUUUCGCCCAAUCCACCAAAAACCGGCAUGCUGCCCGUCAUACCAGAGCUACCUCGUGGACUUCCGGUCACGACCAAGGCGGCGAUCCCUCAUCCGCGACCUCUGCGAACUUCCCGCUCCACCAACACCAACAACGCCGUCGUCGUGAAUCCAACCUCUCUCUAGCCGACGUCUCCGAAGGCUCCUCCGGCCGCUACGAGGACUACGACCACGACCACGACUCCCACAACAUGGCCUCGAGGAACACCUCACUCGACUGGGGCCAUGCCCGCAGUCGCUCCCACAGUCAGUCGCAGUCCGCCCUGUUGCGACCUCAAGAAUUGGCCGAUACGCCCGCCGCGGCGCCGGGCUCGCGCCCCGCCCCGGUGACCUGGAUGUCCCUGCCGAAGAAGGGCCAGCUCGCUCUGCUGGGGCUCUGCCGGGUGUUCGACUUUCUGCAGAUUGCCUCCCUGCAGGCCUACAUGUUCUACCAGCUGAAGUCCUUCGACGAGAACCUGUCCGACGCCGAUGUGUCCACCCAGGCCGGAAUCCUGCAGGGCGCGUUCACCGCUGCGCAGUUUGCGACCGCCAUCCCCUGGGGUCGGGUGGCCGACGCGGAGUGGGGCGGCCGGAAGUUCGUGCUGCUGGUGGGCUUGCUGGGCACCGCCCUGUCCUGCUUCGGGGUCGCCUUCGCGACCUCGUUCGCGCAGGCCGUGUUCUGGCGCUCCUUCGGCGGCGCCAUCAACGGCACCGUCGGGAUCAUCCGGACCAUGAUCGCCGAAAAUGUCAAGGAGAAGAAGUACCACUCGCGCGCGUUCUUGAUCUUGCCGAUCGGGUUUAAUGUGGCCGCCUUGUUUGGGCCCGUGAUGGGUGGCAUGCUGGCCGAUCCGGUCAAGGCUUAUCCCCGGUUGUUCGGGCCCGACUCGUCGUUCGGCGGCGCCAACGGUGUGCAGUGGCUGAUCCGCUAUCCCUACGCUUUGCCCAUGCUGGCGAACGCCAUUUUCUUGUCGUUCGCGGCGGCGUGUGUCGCCAUCGGUCUGGAAGAGACUUUGGAAGCUUGUAAAGGCAAACCCGGUCUUGGUGUCUUUUCGAUGCGCAUUUUCGCGCGCGGUGUUCGCGCCGUGGUGCCCUCGUCUUCCCCACUGUACCACCGGCUGCCGUUCGCCGACUACGAAGAGGCAGGCCCUCUACUGGGUCGCCGGGACACGGCCGAGAGCUACGAGAUGGAGGAGAAGGCCACCAAACACACUCGUCAAAGCCGCAGCUUGCCCUUCCGGCGGAUCUGGACCAAGAACGUGCUGUGCACGCUGCUGGCGCAGGCCUUCUUCGACUUCCAAAUGGGUGCCUUCAACAACCUGUGGCUGUUGUUCCUUUCGACCCCGCGCUACGACGCCAACGACCCCACGAGCCCCCUGCAGAAGCUGCCCUUCAUCUUCACCGGCGGCCUGGGGAUGCUGCCGCAGAGCGUGGGCUUCGCGACGGCCAUUUUGGGUAUCAUCGGCAUGCUCCUGCAGUUCACCAUCUACCCCAGCAUCAACGGCCGUCUGGGCACGGCCAAGAGCUACCAGUACUUCCUGACGCUGUUCCCCCUGGCGUACGCGUUCGCGCCGUACAUCGCGCUGGCGCCGUCCACGGUGCCGCCGCCGGGCCAGGCCAACGGCGGCUGGGUGUGGUUCUCGAUCAUCGUGGUGCUGUUCCUGCAGGUGACGGCGCGGACGUUCACGCUGCCGACCUCGAUCAUCCUGUUGAACAACUGCUCGCCGCACCCGUCCGUGCUAGGCACGAUCCACGGGAUCGGCCAGUCCGUGUCCUCCGCCUUCCGGACCAUCGGGCCGAUCUUUUCGGGGUCGUGGUACGGGUACGGGCUGGAGAUGGGCAUGGUGGGCUUCGCCUGGUGGCUGGUGGCGCUGGUGUCGGUGUUCGGCUGCGUGGCGGCGAUCUUCGUGUAUGAGGGGUCGGGGCACGAGAUUCUUCUUCCGGGCGAGGCGGAGGAGUAGCUCGCUGCGUCUCCCUGUCUUGUCUUGCAUUUCUUCGGUUGUCGAUCUUUCCCUGUAUAUAAUUGACGUGUUCGUGUUCCGGUUGGCCUUUUGGGGGAUCGGUCGCCUGUCUGCAUUUGUUUGGUUUUGUUAUGAGCGUUUCGCUACGGAUACCUGUUACGUUUGCGUGGAUGCCGGAAAAGAGGGCGAGAAGGAUAGAUGAUGAAUAUAAUCGAUU